AAGGUGACAUGGGUGCUUCUCUCUCCAUCUCCGUGCAGCCAGCAGCCCGCUGCAGCAGCAGGAGGAGGAGAGGUGCAUGCAAUUAAACGUUUCCCUCCCCGCCCGGUGCAUUCGUGUUGUUUUUGCGCCUCCGUCCACCCAGCCGUCCCGCAGUCGGCUCCUCUGCCGCCGCCAGCUCGCCCUGCCUGCCGCUGCAGCCGGGGUCGCAGCUCCGCGCCGCUCCGCUCCUCUGCAGGGCUGCGCAGCUCCUGACUGACGGAGAGAUGAGGGGUGGGGACGCAGGGUGGGGUCACAAGCAGGGAGAGGCGGAGGAGGAAAAGGCAGAGAGAGAGAGCCCAGCCCUUGAAUACACGGCAACAACACGCCGACAGAGAGAGAGGGAGACUCACUGAGAGGCUGGCUGCUUUUUUGGGGGGAGCGCAGGGAGCCUUUCGACGCUGCGGAUAUGAACUAAGCAGAAAAAAAACAAACAAAACAAAAAACACUUGGAAGAGGCAGGGAUCGCGCUGCUGUGUCCCGAGAAUUUCCCUGUAAAGGUGGAAAACGAGCCCCCCUUCUCCCUCUCCAACGCCCUCCUCUCUCUCCCCUGACAGCUCGUAUUCAGAUAGAGCUACACCCAAAGCCCCGCCGACCCCCUCCUAGCUCCUGCCGCUCCACCCCUCCGCCGCUGCACCGCUCCGGCAACCGAGAUGCACACGGAGACCCGUAACAAGAAAUGCCAGUCGACUCCAAAGCAGAAGAAGAGUGCUGUGAGCGCCCGGAAGAAGCAGAGGAGCCCGGCCAAGCAGAGCGCCUCCACCCAGCAGCAGCAAACGCCGCCGCCGCCGCCGCCAUCAUCAUCGCCUCCUCCUCCGGUCAAGGAAGAGGAGGAGAAGAAGGAGAAAGAGGAGCCGGCAAACAGGCCUCGACGGGGGGAGGAGGAGGAGCUGCAGGAAGUGAGGACGGAGGAGCUGGUGAGGGUGAAGGAGGAAGGAGAAGAAGAGAAGGAGGAGGAGAAAGACAUGCCCUCUGUACAGAUCAAACCAGAGCCAGAAGAGAUGGAGUGCACGGCAGAUGUAGGUGAUGACUGCUCACAGCCCACAGACCUGAAGGUGAAGACGGAGUGUAAGACGGAGCCGUGUUCGCCUCAGUCCAACCCCGCCGAGGACCAGACCGAACCCGUCGACCUGUCGCUCAACAAACCCCGCUCGGCCUCCACGACCAGCACCACGGUGAACCCGGCGCCCAGCAGCGCAGUGCCCAGCCCAGGCCUGUCGGCCACGCCGGUGCCCUCCGCCGUGCAAUCCAUCGGCUCCAUGGUCCUCUCUCCGGGCUCCAUCUUGGCCACGCAGGGCGCCGGAGGCCAGCAGAUCCUCCACGUCAUCCACACCAUCCCGUCGGUCAGCAUGCCCAGCAAGGUGGGCCAGCUGCAGACCAUCCCGGUGGUGGUGCAGUCGCUGCCCGUCGUCUACACCACCAUGCCUACCGACGGCGUCGCCACGGCGGCCAUCACGGUGCCGCUGAUCGGCAGCGACGGACGCUCAGAAGGAUCAGUUCGUAUCAAAACAGGUUCGACGUCUCCGGUGGAGUAUCAGAGUGACAGCGAUGCAGAGGAGCAGGUUACGGAGUCCGGAUCGGCUCUCCAGAGCCUCGACGCCGGGUCCGUUAUGGACUUAGAGCCCGUUGAUCCAGACUCACCUGACAUCAAGAGGCGGCGGAUCCACAUGUGUGACUAUGAAGGCUGUAAAAAAGUUUACACCAAGAGCUCCCACCUCAAAGCCCACCGGAGGAUACACACAGGAGAGAAACCCUACCACUGUACCUGGGAGGGCUGCACCUGGCGCUUCGCCCGCUCCGACGAGCUGACCCGACACUUUCGCAAGCACACAGGAAUCAAACCUUUCCGCUGCACCGAGUGCGACCGCUCCUUCUCCCGGUCCGACCACCUCUCCCUGCACCGCCGCCGCCACGUCAUGAUGUGAACUCUGACCUCCCUCCUCCCUACAGCUCCCCUCAAACACCCCACAACCCCUUUGAUUUCUCAGACUCCCCUCACAGAACAUCUUGUACCAGAACCCCCUCUGCUCCUCCCGGCUUCCCUCCUCAGCCGUGCAGGAUCAAAUGUCCUCCUCAUCCUGAACCUGCAGCUUCAUCUGGAAUGUUUGUGGAGGAUUUUUGACCGUCCACCCAAAAACAGGUCUCUCUCCACCACAAGACGUCGUCUCCUCAGAGAGAGUCGGAUGGACUGAAGGACAUCCAGCAGCAGACGUUCAUCCAUCCAUCACAUCCAUCCAUCCAUCCAUCGGAGCCAACGAGGAAUGACGUGUGUUUUAUUUUUAAACUCAAAGCAUGAUUUUAAGUCGGACGUCGCUUCAGCUGCUGUUUUCUGUACUUACAGUCUCUACAUAUCCAGAGAUGGGAAGUUA